CGUACACUGUCAUCGCGUUGGCUACGUUUUGGGAGGCUUAUAAGCGAGAACAUCAACAACGAAGACUUCAGAUCAUUCGCUUGCUCGUCGCCUAAGGAGAGCCAGAUCGAGUAUUUAAUCAACUACGCUUUUAGAAAGCCAUUUUCGUGCUUUACAGCUUACAUUUCCCAGAGUUCAACUUCGCCAGGGUUUGAAAGCUAGCAUGGAUUCUAAACAAGAGGAUAUCCAGCAACCUAUCGGGAAACAGCCCGACCCAAAAGAGGUUAGACAGUUCGCAACCGUAACCCACGUCGAGGGAGAAAAUCAACCCGAAUCGUUAGAGUCCGAGAGGAAACCCUCGUUCAUCGAGUCCGUCAUUGGAAGUAUAACACCAACCUCAUCUGAAAGUAAACCAGCAGAAAUUACACAUCAUGACAUCGAAAAAGCUGAUGAUAAAGUCAAAGAAUCAGCUCGUGGUUUACUGGGUACUAUUCGCGACACAUACACGCAGAAAAAACAUGAUUUAAUGGAAACCGCUGCAGGAGCGAAGGAGUCUGUCGAGAGUACUGUAAGCGAAAGUCUCCAAAGUCUUUCGGAAACGGCAGCACAUGCUCAAGAGUACGUUAUGGGCACGUUGUCUGGUGGCACUCACGCCGUUAUGGACACCAUGGCCAGUGCCCGAGAUACGUCCAUGGACGCUGCCACAGGUGCCAAAGAUUACGUCAAGGAUACACUCACUGGCGCCAAGGAUUCCACUUACGAUGCAGCUGCUAGAGCCAGACAAAAGUUAGAAGAUGCUCGCGCAAGCCUCUCUCAAAAAGGCCAUGAUGCCAAGGAGUACAUCAAAGAAUCAGCUGAAGGAGCAAAAGAAUCUCUUAAAGAAAAGACCGAAGGAGCUAAGGAAACUCUCAAAGAAAAGACUGAAGGAGCAAAGGAAUCGGCCCAAGGAGCGAAGGAAAACAUCCAACAAACGGCUGAAGAAGCAAAGGAAUCGGCGAAAGAGACUGGUUCAAAUAUCGCGGAAAAAGGCCGUGAGGGUAUGGAGUCUAUGAAGGAAUCUGCUCAACAGCCUGAAGGACAGCAAGAAAGCAAAGGGAUCUUGGGAACAAUCCGCGAUUACCUAACGCCAGAAUUCGCCGAAACAGCAAAAACUGGCGAGGGAACUAAAUCUAGCGCUGAACAAGCCAAAGAGUCCAAAGAAGCCGCAAAAGAAGAAGCUACGGGCAUCAAAGAUGCGGCAAUGGAGAAAGGACAUGAGGCCAAAGAGAUGAUGAAAGAAAAAGCCGCCGGGGCAAAGGAGUCCAUUCAAGAAACUGGUUCUGGCUUGGCAGACAAAGGAAGAGAAUUCAAAGAAGGAGUAGAAAAUCUGGGUCAAGGAGCGGAAGAAACUUUAAAAGAAACCCGCGCUGAUAUUGGCGAAAGAAAACAAGCCCAGGAAGCGUCGCUGAGAGAAGCCGAAGCGGAAGCGCCGAAAAAAGGCAAAGGAUUCGUGGAAUCGCUUCGCGAUUGGGUGCGGCCUGCCACUGAAAAAGCUCACGAUGUGAAAGAAUCGAUCAAGGAGACCGUUACUGGAGCAACAGAGUAUGUUAAAGAUACGGGCUCGAGUGUGGUAGGAAAGGGACAGGAGACCGCUGAAUCUGCUAAGGAAAUGGCCUCUGAAGGAGUCGAGAAAGCCAAAGAUGUCGGAUCGCGAAUUGCUGAGAAAGGACAUGAUGUUAAGGAAGCCGCAAAGGAGAAGGCUUCCGGAGCAAAGGAAUACGUAAAGGAAACCGGUUCAAACAUCGCCGAGAAAGGACGCGAAACUGCUGAAUCUGCCAAAGAUAUGGCUUCUAGAGGAGUGGAGUCCGCAAAGGAUAAAGCUUCCAGAGGGGUGGAAACUGCUAAAGAAGCUGGCUCAAAAGUCGCGGAGAAAGGACGUGAUACCGCUGAAUCCGCCAAAGAAAUGGCUUCAAGAGGAGUGGAGUCUGCCAAAGAAGCUGGUUCCAAAGCUGCCGACAAGGGACAUGAUAUCAAAGAAUCGAUGAAAGAAAAGGCUGUGGGAGCUAAAGACUAUGCAAAGGAAACGGCUUCAAGUGCGGCCGAAAAGGGACGAGAAACGGCAGAAUCAGCUAAAGACAUGGCCUCUAGGGGAAUGGAAUCGGCCAAGGAAAGGGGAUCAAAAGCUGCUGACAAAGGACGGGAGAUGAAAGAAUCGGCUAAGGACGUCGCCUCCGAAGGCAUGGAAUCGCUGAAGGAAAAGGGCCAGAAAGCCGUUGAUAAAGGACAAGAAAUGGCGGAAUCGGCGAAAGAUGUGGCGUCGAGAGGAAUGGAGUCGGCUAAGAAAACUGGCCGGAAGGCGGCCGAUAAAGGACAUGAAAUGAAAGAAUCGGCGAAAGAUAUGGCCUCCAGAGGAAUGGAAUCGGCUAAGGAAACCGGUCAGAAGGCGGCCGAUAAAGGACAUGAAAUGAAAGAAUCGGCGAAAGAUGUGGCCUCGAGAGGAAUCGAGUCAGCUAAGGAAACCGGUCAGAAGGCCAGUGAGAAAGGACACGAGCUGAAAGAGUCGGCAAAGGACACAGCAAAGCAAGGAAAGGAAUCCGUGCAGGAGACGGGAUCGAAGAUCGCAGAAAAAGGACGAGAAGGCAAAGAGAAAACCAUGGAUUACGCUGCUGCUGCCAAACAAUCCGCUCAGGAUACGGGAGCAAAAGCCACAGAAAAAGCUCGAGAGGGUGAGCAACAACAGCCAACUACGGAAGCAGGGGGUAGGACCGUAUUUAGUGAAGUAAAGGAAGGAAGCAAACAGCCUGGAACAGACAUCACUGGUGAAGAGAAAGGUGAGAAGGGUGUUCUCAAAGCUGUUCACGAUUGGAUUACCGCUCCCGGCGAUGGGACAGAAGACAUACCGGGGACAGAGGGCGUGAAACCAGAAUCGGGAAAUGUUCAGUCAAACAAGCAGGAAAUGGAUACAAAGGAAGUUGACGAAUUUAAGCGGUUGGAUGAGAAAGUCAAACACCACACAACUUGGGAGGAACCAGAACAUGGACAAGUGGGUGACUCGGGAACUGCAUUACACACUCCAAGGAACGAGUAAAUCACGGAAACCAGGGGAUGAUGUCUUAAAGGAGCCUCGCAGAAGAAGUCACCUGUAGCGCUCAAAAUUUUGUGUUUUUUUAUUGCUUUCUGUUGGAAGGAUUCGACGAAAAUCUUACCUUUCGCUAACGAGCGUCUCGUGUGAAAUCAUGUGAAAUCAAUUGCCUUAAUAAUUCGAUAUAAUACAGUUUAAUUUUUUUUCCUUCAAAAA